AUGGAUAAAGGUAAAGGUUUCAAGGCAUUAGCGACCUCUUUGCAAAACCUCGAUUUGAAUCCCCCAUCCAACGUCAAAUCCAAGUCCUCCAUUGCAAUCACCCACCCUCAAUUUCACGGAUUUCUAUCUAAGAAGACUAAGCCUCCGAGUUUAGUCAGCCUUUGCGUUGGAGUUAUUGGAAGGCAUUUGGAGGAUAUUAUUGUAGAUUUGAGUGAGAUUUCUGUCAACUUGCCAGCUGAUAUUAAGAUAGCAGUGGCAGCUAUUGCUAGAAGAAGAAAAUUGCUGAAUGAUGAUGUUGUGAUCGCAUUAGCUGAUACUUCCUGGGAAAUCCUUGAUGUCUCUGGCUCAGAUGUCUCUGAUUCUGGCUUGAUAAAAGCAGCUGAAGUAUGUAGGUUCAUUAAAGCUCUGGAUAUAAGCCGAUGCACCAAAAUAACUGCUAAUGGUAUAUCUGAGCUUGUGAAGCACUGCCACUUGUUGGAGACAUUGAGAUGCGGAGGGUGUCCAAGGAGUGACAACACUGCACGGAGAUGCUUGGGUAUAUUUAAACCAAGGUUUGAUGAUUACGUGGAGGAGGAUUCUUGGGAGGAGCUUGAUACGAAAGAAAUUGCUAGUGGUGCACAAUCACUCAGGUGGCUAGUAUGGCCAAACAUUGAUAAAAAUUCUUUAGAGGACUUUUCUACUGAGUGCCCACGUGUUGUAGUAAAUCCUAAGUCAUCACCCUUUGGGUUUAUGGGAACUGAGGCUCCUCGGGAAGCAUUACAAAAUAUCAUAUUGGACGAAGAAGUUGUCAAGGAUAUUGAUCUGAGAACAUGGACAGUGCAUGGGUUUGCCUUGAAACCCAUCUCUCCAUCUUCUUCAAGCUCCACUGAAUUAUCAGUAGCUGAAAAAUUCAGACUUGCAUUUGAGGAAAGGGACAACCGAUUAGCUCCGAAGAGAGCUAAAAAUGCUCGGCAACAUCAGCGUCGUGCAGUGCGGGAAUUGAUGCUAAUGAGCACAAGAGCCAAGGCAAUGGUCUUAGCCUCACAAGUAAGCAAGACUCUCCAUGGCUGA